GCGGCGGCGGGUGGGCGGCUUUUCCGUGAAGGGGAUGCGCCGCCCGCCCUUUCCUUGCCUGCGCGCUUCCCGCCCUCCCGCCCCCUUUUUCCCGGGGAAGCAAGAGCGAGGGGGCCGCUGCCGCGUCUUCUUCAAGUCCUUUCCAGCUCCGCCAGGAAGGCGGUGCGGAGCGACGAGGGCGCCGCUGUCCGCCUCUCUCUGGCCCUUUCUGGGGACGGGGAGCCCCAGGCGGAGAGGAGCGGAAGAGGGACUCCCAAGUUUGAGUGGGCAAAGAGGAGGCGCCCCCCGGGGCUUCGGUGCGCCCCUCCUGCAGAAUAUAUUGACCCUGAAUUGUACUGAAGACAGAGAUACAUGCUGCAAUGGUGACAUAAACUUCUAAAACUGCACUGGAAUAAAUUCUGAAACUCUUUAUAAUCUCAAUGCACUCACAACUGGAAAGCAUCUAGGCCUGACUUACAACAUGACUUUUAUUGUGAAACUUCAUAGACAUUUUCAACGAACAGUAAUAUUAUUAGCUACAUUUUGUAUGGUGAGCAUUGUUAUUUCAGCCUAUUAUUUAUACAAUGGCUACAAACAAGAAAACGAAGUUUCUGAAAUUUCUUCAGAUGUUGAAUGUGGGGAUCUUCCAAUGCUGCUAUCUCCAUGGAAGAUGAUUAAGGCCAGUGAACCAUUCAGGACUGACCCUGUUGUGCUUGUAUUUGUGGAAAGUCAGUACUCUGUACUUGGUCAGGAUAUAGUCAUGGUAUUAGAAUCCAGCAGGUUCCAGUAUCACAUAGAGAUUGCUUCUGGGAAAGGUGAUCUUCCUGUACUGAUAGAUAAAAAUAAAGGCAAGUAUCUUCUAAUAAUAUAUGAAAAUAUUUCUAAAUAUGUAAAUAUGGAUUCCUGGAAUCGGGGCCUUCUAGAUAAAUACUGUGGGGAAUUCAAUGUAGGAAUAAUUGGGUUUCAAAGAAGCAGUGAUAACACUUUGCAGACUUUUCAGUUAAAAGGGGCUCCUUUCCAAAUCCAUAGCAAUGUAGGCGUAAAAGAUUGUUGCAUUAAUCCCCAUUCUCCUCUGCUCCAUCUAACAAAACCAUCCAAGCUUGAUAAAGGGCCUUUGCUUGGAAGUGACUGGACAGUUUUCCAUAUAAAUCAUUCAGCUUACCAACCUGUUGUAUUUGCAAAACUAAGAGCACCUGAAAACCUCCCUCCACCCGUUGUUAAAAAUGUUCUACAUGCAACAGUUAUUCAUGACUUGGGUCUACACGAUGGAAUUCAGCGAGUUCUUUUUGGUAACAAUUUGAACUUCUGGCUGCACAAGCUCAUCUUUAUAGAUGCUGUCUCAUUUUUGACUGGAAAGAGACUUACAUUAUCCCUGGAUAGAUACAUACUUGUAGACAUUGAUGACAUCUUUGUUGGAAAAGAGGAAACAAGAAUGAAAGCCAGUGAUGUUCAGGCUCUGCUUGAUACUCAGAACCUUCUAAGAGCUCAAAUUACAAAUUUUACUUUCAAUCUGGGAUUUUCAGGGAAAUUUUACCACACAGGCACUGUAGAAGAAGAUGAAGGAGAUGAUUUAUUGUUGGGGUCUGUUGAUGAAUUCUGGUGGUUUCCUCAUAUGUGGAGUCACAUGCAACCUCAUCUGUUCCAUAAUGAAUCUUCACUAGUGGAGCAAAUGAUUCUCAACAAAAAAUUUGCCUUAGAACAUGGCAUCCCAACUGAUAUGGGAUAUGCUGUGGCUCCACACCAUUCCGGCGUCUAUCCUGUUCAUGUUCAACUUUAUGAUGCCUGGAAAAAAGUUUGGAAUAUCAAAAUCACCAGUACAGAAGAAUAUCCACAUCUAAAACCUGCACGGUACAGAAGAGGUUUCAUUCACAAAAGCAUCAUGGUUCUUCCUCGACAAACCUGUGGCCUUUUUACUCAUACAAUUUUCUACAAGGAGUAUCCUGGUGGUCCAAAAGAACUAAACAAAAGUAUACAGGGCGGAGAAUUAUUUUUCACAGUAGUUCUCAAUCCAAUCAGUAUUUUUAUGACUCACCUGUCUAAUUAUGGCAAUGAUCGAUUGGGUUUAUACACCUUUGCCAAUCUGGCCAAUUUUGUUCAAAGCUGGACCAACUUAAAGCUGCAGACUCUACCUCCAUUUCAAUUGGCUCACAAAUACUUUGAACUCUUUCCAGAGCAAAAGGACCCACUCUGGCAGAAUCCUUGUGAUGACAAACGACAUAGAGAUAUCUGGUCUAAAGAAAAAACUUGUGAUCGUUUACCAAAAUUCCUGGUUAUUGGACCACAAAAAACUGGCACAACAGCAUUAUAUUUGUUCCUGAUCAUGCAUCCUUCCAUCAUUAGUAACUCCCCCAGCCCCAAAACCUUUGAGGAGGUACAGUUCUUUAAUAGAAAUAACUACCACAGGGGGAUUGAUUGGUAUAUGGAAUUCUUUCCUACACCAUCCAAUGUAACCACUGAUUUUCUCUUUGAGAAGAGUGCUAAUUAUUUUCAUUCUGAAGAAGCCCCUAGACGAGCUGCUUCUUUAAUUCCUAAGGCAAAAAUCAUAACUAUUCUCAUUGAUCCAUCAGAUCGAGCGUAUUCCUGGUAUCAGCACCAAAGAUUUCAUAAAGACCCAGCCGCUCUAAAAUUUUCAUUUUAUCAAGUGAUCACUGCAGGACAUCAUGCUUCACCAGAACUUAAGAUCCUGCAGAAGAAAUGUCUGAUACCAGGAUGGUUUGCCAUUCACAUAGAAAGAUGGUUAACUUAUUUUCCGUCUUAUCAGUUACUAAUUAUUGAUGGACAGCAAUUGAGAAAUGACCCAGCUAUAGUAAUGGAAGAAGUGCAGAGAUUUCUUGGAGUUACUCCUCAUUAUAAUUAUUCAGAAGCUUUAACGUUUGACUCACACAAAGGUUUUUGGUGUCAACUUCUGGAAGAAGGAAAAACAAAAUGUCUUGGAAAGAGCAAAGGGAGAAAAUACCCUCCAAUGGACUCUGAGUGCAGGGUUUUUCUGUCAAGCUACUACAGAGAUCACAAUGUGGAACUAUCAAAGCUUCUACACAAGUUGGGACAACCACUACCAUCGUGGCUGAGACAGGAGUUGCAAAAAGUGAGAUAGCACAAGGACUCUUCUUGACUUAAAAUACGAGCAAUCUUAAGUUUCCAAGAAACUUUAUCAGAACUAAAGGUCUUCAACCGGAAACAAAAGAUUGAGAUAUGUGUGUUAUAUUGGCAACUGGAGUCUAAAAAAUUAUAUGCAUUUAUCUCUAACAGUACAUGGGUUUCAUAACAAUAGAAGAAUAGAUGGAUGUAGCACAAAGCUUAAUCUAUCAUGACCUUCACCUCUGUCGGAAAAUGCAUCAUGUAACUCCUAUUCAAUGCAAUAGGGUUGGUAAAUGGAUUAUUCUUAGAGACCACCCUGUACAUGUGGCAUCAAGCAGCAAGUUUCAAAUAUUUGGGUUAAAUUUCAAGAGAAGAUCUAUAUAAUAAUUCAAAAACAGAACAAAUAUUUACAAUUUUAUAUAGUUUAUUCCUAUCACUUUAAUAAUAUUGUCUCUCUCUCUCUCUCUCUCUCUCUCUCUCUCUCUCUCUCUCUCUCUCUCUCUCUCUCUCUCAUGUUGAUUUUGUAAAUUACCCCCUCUGCUCAGUUUUCAAAUAGUUGAAUUACAAUGGUGACUUUUUUAAAAGGUGACAGAAAUGUAGCACAAAAUGCCAAGCUUACUCCCACUUCACAAUUCUGGUUUCAAAACAUAGAACCAGAUUUUAAAUCGGUGAAUGUGGAGUAAAAAUAGGUAUUAUUUUAAAAAGUAAGGAUUCCUCCCAUUUGGCCUAAAUUCUGGGAAUAACAUCAUCACAAUAAAGAAGCAGUUUGCCACUGCCUUCUUCCAGAACUUUUUUUUUUUUUUUUUUUUGAGAUUUCUCAGUCCAACUCAUGGCUCUGGCAUUUUCUGGUUGCUUCCAUCUAAGUUUGACACUACUUAGUUAUUGAGAUCAGACAAUGAGUAAUAUUAGUAGGUAAGAAUUACCAUUACUGGAAUAUGUGUCUAUGAGAAUACAUUGUGUCUAUUCAUCAUGUCAUCAGAAUUGGGAGUUUUCGUGGCUGUGAAGAUUUCUAGAAGAGAUGGAUGGGUGCCUUAACUCAGCUGCUAUGCUAAAACAGGGCAAAAAAUACAUAUCCAUCUGGAUAUGGAUAUGGAUCAGGAAAAGUGCUAGUGUUCGUUCCAUUAUCCUUUGGGAGAUAUUGUUUUGUAAUGUAAAUGAGUUACAUAUUAAAACCAAGAGCUUAUAGGAUGCUAACAUGCCCACCGGUCCCUCAGUUGUCACCAGCUUUUACAUUCACACAACUGUUUAUGUACAGAGAUCCCACAGUCCUGAUUGACAGCAAGAAAACGGAAUAUGUUCACAAACCACUUUCAACAGAGUGUUGAUAAAGUUAUAUUGAUUUAAGUAUGCAAUUGCUUCUUUCUCGCUUGUACCCCAUCCCUUCCAUAUUUAGAUCACAAUUUAAAAGAAAAAGAUCAAGAGAAAGAAGAUGAAAAUCAAACAUUUUUAUGCUUUCUGUUCUACCUGGGGAAAGCAUUGGACAUAUCCAUCCUAUUAUUAAGCCCACAAUUGAUACUAAUCAAUCAAAUAAAAGCUAAUAAAGCAUAUAAAAAUAAAUUUAAACAAAUAAUGUGCUCUUUUGCCUUCAAAAGCAAUAUGCACAAUUUUCAUUUUAAAGAUGUGACGAAAUUUUGGCUGGUAUUAAGUAGCAAUGAUCAAUGUUUUAGAAGACUACAAAGAUUAAAUACUAUUACAAGCCAAAUUUACCUUACUACCAUUUGUCCCAUGGUGCUUCACAUCAAAACAAUAUUGUCAGUAUUGGUUGAAUAUAAGCUAAAAUAUAUACAAGGAAUAAAAACAUUGUUCUGUUCUACUGAAAUCCAUAUAGUUAAUUAAAUAUAUAAAAAGUUGCCUAGCCAAAGUUAACAUUUUCUUAGUUUAAAUAUUCUCUAAAAACACUUCAAAUUGGUGUGGGCUGAAAGACAUCCACAGUUUAGAAAACUUUACAGAGUAGGAAGCGUCUUUAGCUUUAGCCCAAUUUCCAUCAACUAUUAGAAAUCAGCACUUUAAUAUGAUGUACAAGAUUUUCUACUGUACCUCUGUCAUUACCUUUUGUGAACAAAUGUAAAAUUGUUCUUGGACAUGUAUGCAAUCUCCUGUUCAUUUGUGAAAAGAUUUUUUGCUGAAGAGUGAUUCACUUCCCCCUUUAUACUGUAAAGGUGCAGUCAUUCCUGCACAAUAUGAUAGAACUGCAGAUAACUUUUAUGUGGGUUUUUUUUCUUGAUGGUAUCUGAGUAAUGGGAUCUUAUUAGCUGUUUGCAUAAAGCGGUGGUUCUCAACCUGUGGAUUGGGACCCCAUUUGGGGUCGAACAACCAUUUCACGGGGGUCGCCAAACAACGCAGUCUGCCAUUUUUUCCCCUUUUCCUUAGCUGUGCUACUCC